AUGGCCUCUGCUAGACCAUUUGUAGAUUUCAAACUAAAGCAAAGAAAGGUUGUCUUGUUUUCCAAAACUUAUUCACCAGAAUGUUCUACAGCCAAAGACAUACUUGAUCAGUACAACUUAUCCGAUGUAGAAUACCAAGUUGUAGAAAUAGAAAAGCGGCAGGACUGUGUGCAGAUUGAAAAUUAUCUUCUAGCAUUAUGUCUGACAGAUUCUAGGAAGGUUCCACUUUUGUUUGUUGAAGGUCGCUACAUUGGAAGUGAACAGGAAAUCAGCCUGUUGCACAGCUCUAGUGAGCUGAAGCAGGUUCUCAAAGGCUUAGAUGUUUUUAAAGACGAUCAGUCAAAGAUUUAG